AUGUCGAGCAAUCCCGGUCAUAACACAGUUCAGUCAACGGCGAAUACCCCGGCAGACGCGGCGGAGUCGGCCGUCGCUCAUAUCCCCAGCACGGCACAGCCAGCGGCUGCUUCCGUUCCGGCAGAGACACCAGAAUUAGAAGUCGCUCCAGUGCCUGUCGAUCCCGCAGUCGAUGACUCUGAUGCUUCUACCGACACUCAAAGUGUCUUCACAUCCUCUACAGCAUCAGUCACCGACAGUGUCCGGGAGUAUCGCGAAAUUCACGGGCGGAGUUUCACCCAGAAGACGGAGUAUUGGGGGCCCAACGAUGAACAGCAAAAUGAUGCUCUGGACUUCAAAUUUCAAAUUGAUGACUUCGAGAAGGAAUGGACGUUUAACGAAAAUUUCGACUUCAUCCAUGCCCGAAACCUCGAAGGUUGCAUUGCGGAUUUGCCAGGACUGUUUGAGCAAUGCUUUACCUACACGAAGCCAGGAGGAUGGUUCGAGAUCCUAGAGUUUGACAUUGAGGUUCGCUCGCAGACUCUUGGAGAACUAGACGAAGAUCACAUCUUUAAAAGGUGGCACCAGCACAUGCUGGUUUCUUCGACCAAGUUGGGAAAGCCGCAUGGCAACGCGGUUGACCGUAAGCUUGCGAAGGCCAUGGUCAACGCUGGCUACGUUGAUGUAGUUGAGCGAAAAUGGCCUAUUCCUAUUGGACCUUGGCCUGCUAAACCAGAGAUGAAGAGACUUGGAAUUUGUACUUUGGACUUUCUCGAGCAAUCGAUCGAGGGAUUCGGUUUAUUUCUGCUCAAAGAGAUACUGGGCUUCACGUACGAGGAAGUUCAAGUCACGCUAGCCGAGCUGAGAGCUGCGCUGCGCAAUCCCAAGAACACACCUCUUUACUACCUGUAA